GAAUGUAUCCAUUCUGUUUGGGAUCGGGAUUCGGAUUCGGGAUUUCGAAUCAUCGAUCCAAGAUUCUUUUUGUGGAUUACUUAAGCUGGUGGUGGUUUUCUGGAUCAGACUGAUGGGUGAUCGAGUAGUGUUUUCCUUGUUAUCUGAGUUAUUGAUUUUUGGAUGACACUGGAUCAACAAACUUUUCGGAGGUUUUGAUGGAAGUUGCGAUGUGCCCGCCAGCUCCCUUCCCUCUUCGACCUGAUAUUAAUGUCAGCGCUACGGAUGAAGAGGUCUUGCUGUUCUUGGGGGGGAGGAAAGCUGGGGAUCCUGUUCCUUCCAACAUUAUCACUGAAGUAAACCCUUUCAGCGUUGAACCUUGGAAUUCACCAGAGGACAUAUGGUAUCUGUCCAAUUUUGAAGAUGGAUGUUCUUCUGGUCAACAGAACACAUUUAAAGUGAUGAAAAUUGGAUGCUGGAGGCUCAUAGAUCAUCUUACAAUUUACAGAGGGAGCGUAGCUGCUGGUAGCAAAACCACAUGGCAAUUCUACAUGGGCCAAGCACCACCUGGAAAUCGAACAGGUUGGCUGAUGUAUCAUUAUCAGAGAGUCCAAAAGGCAUGUCAGGGAAUUAUUGCUGCGCAGGACCCUAACUCAAUAUUUAGGGUAUUCUUGCAAGAAGAGUCACCACAUACAGCGCAUCGCUGCCUUGCGAGUUCAGAUAAAGCUGAUGGUGAGCACGUAGAAUCUAUGCUGUUACGCUUUCUAGAAGAAGAAGAAGGAAGCUCUCCAACUAAUGCUGCAGACCAAUCUGAGCUUGGUGCUCCCCAACAGAGGCAUGACAAAAGCAACCAGGAUUUUGUGACCAAUAAUUCUGCAGCAGAUUUGGAUGCACUUGUUGAAUUCUCGAAGGGAGAGUACCUGGAACUAGAAGACAUAUUUGAUCUUGAAUCAACUUCAUCCAGCUCAGAUGAUUCCAGUCUCAUAUCUAGUAAUUCGGACGAUGGUUUUGAUGCUGAAGCCUUGCUGAAGGAUCUCGAAAAUGACAACAGUAAGAACAUUAAGGAUGAGGGCUUGAAUUCCCAAUUUAAUGUGGCUUCAUCUGCAAAACCACCUCAUUCGGUCACUAGACUCUCACACUCAGCUGGUUCACACAACAUCAAUAAUACCCAUUCCAUGGACAAUGAACUCGUGCUUUCCAAUUCAUUAACGUCUGACGGAUGCUCAUCAAAAGCCUUCAAAUCGCCGCCUAAAUCUGAGCAGCUAUUCAGCACCGGAACAUCUGCAGGCUUUUAUCCGCGCAGCCAACCCAAACGAACUCAUUCAGGCAGUUCAGCGAGCAGCAGCAGCAGCUCAAAUGGAUCGGGAUCGAAGUCCGUUGCGAGGAUUCGAAAGCUUGGGAAGAAAUACUGCUGCUUUACACCAUUCUAGCCUGACUGCAGUUGGAUUAGAGCAGUGAGAUUCGUGGAAAGAAGAGAUUUUAAGUGAAUGAAAUAAUGAAAGACUGCCAUUAUUCUUGGUUAGGAAAGAGCACUCCUGGUGCAGUUCCACUCUGAGGACAUGGAUGCAAGAGUGUAAGACAGAUUCUACUCAUUAUACAAAAAUUGGGGGACAUUUUGGUGAAUUAGGAAAAGUUGUAAUUAGGAAGUCUAGUUUGAUUAUUCAAGGCUUGUUAGGCUUCUUAGUCAAUUAUUGUUAGAUAGGCAUUUAAGAUGAAGGCAAACAUAGCCGCAUAGGGAUCCCCUUGAUGUCACUUCCACAAAAAUUAGAAAAAUAACAAAAAUAAAAA